AUGAAGCUCACGGAUGCCAGUCUUCAUAGUUUGACGACUGUAUGCGAUAGGCACGGAGUAUCAGACAGAGCUGCAGCGGCUAUCGUAUCAUCUGUUCUAUGUUCUGCUUCUGAUGCCGACUCCGAGGCACAGUCUACUAACGUUGUGGACAGGAUGAAACUAAGAAGAACAAGACAGAAAGUACACAAGCAAAUUUUAACAGAAGAAAGAGUUAAAGAAAUUCCUGCAUUAUUUUUCGAUGGAAGAAAAGACAAGACGGCUAAAACUGUAUUAAAAGGAUCAAAGAGGUUUAGAGUGAUUGUACAAGAGGAACAUAUUUCGAUUAUAAAAGAAGCAGGUUCUGUUUACGUUGGGUAUGUUGUUCCAUCAUCGGACAGUGCAAGAAAUAUUGAAAGAGCUAUCCGGAGCUUUUUGAUACGAUUGAAAGAUAUUACUAGAGAGCAUAAUGGCAGUUGGCUGUGA